CACAGGUUUGGAACUAAUUGUAUGAUUAAUCUUUGCAGAGCUGGAUAGAACACCAAUGGCUCGACCACAAGCUUCGGAUGAGCUGAUUUUCUAUGUGAAUGGAAAAAAGAUAGUGGAAAAAAAUGCUGAUCCGGAGGACUUGCUGCUUUUUUACCUGAGAAAGAAAUUGCGCUUAACUGGCACGAAGUAUGGCUGUGGUGGAGGUGGCUGUGGCGCUUGCACAGUUAUGGUGUCAACUAUCCACCCUAUUUCCAAGAAAAUCCGACACUAUCCAGCCACUGCCUGUCUGUUGCCCAUUUGUUCCUUGCAUGGCAUGGCAAUUACCACCACAGAAGGAAUUGGCAAUUCAGCUACAAGGCUUCAUCCAGUCCAGGAGAGGCUAGCAAAAGCCCAUGGCUCCCAAUGUGGGUUUUGUAGCCCUGGGAUGGUGAUGUCUAUGUACACAUUACUGAGAAACAAUCCAGAACCCAGCAUUGAGGAUAUUUUGGCCAGCAUGUCUGGAAACCUUUGUAGAUGUACAGGCUACCGACCAAUUAUAGACGCUUUCAGAACUUUUAGCAAGGACUGCUGUUUAAACAAAAGGCCGGAGGAAAAAAUGCUACCUGAAGGGAGCUCUCUGACCUUGUUUGAUGAAAAUAAAUUCUUACCUCUGGAUCCUACGCAAGAACUUAUAUUUCCACCUGAGCUAAUGAUGAUGCGGAACAACCCAAAGAAAAUGAUCACAUUCCAUGGGGAGAGAAUUACAUGGUACUCUCCUUCCACACUUGAAGAACUGCUGGAGCUGAAGAUGAAGUUCCCUAAAGCUCCUCUUGUAGUUGGGAACACUACUGUAGGGAUUCAGAUGAAGUUUGAAGGUGUUUUAUACCCAGUUAUCAUCUCCCCUGUAAGAAUCAGUGAUCUGUAUGAUGUGUCCACAACUAACCAAGGAAUUACGGUUGGAGCUGCAGUCAGUCUUGCACAAGUGAAACAAAUUUUAAAUAAGAAUGUUUCUAAGUUACCAAAAGAUAAAACCAAGAUAUUCCAUGCAUUACUGCAGCAGCUGAGCACGCUGGCCGGAGAGCAAAUUAGAAGCAUGGCUUCUCUUGGAGGGCAUGUUAUCAGCAAAGGUUCAGUAAGCGACCUUAACCCAGUGCUUGCCGCAGGGGGAGCUGCAUUAAACUUGGCAUCCAAAGGUAAAACACGGACAAUCCCAUUGGAUGGUUCCUUUUUCUCAGGUGCCUCUACCCUAAAGCCAGAGGAAGUCUUGUUGAGUGUAUUUAUACCUUACUCAAAAAAGAGCCAGUUUGUGUCUGCAUUCAGACAAGCUCAGAGAGAAGAAAAUUCUUUUCCUAUUGUGAAUGCUGGGAUGAAAGUGGAAUUUAAAGAGAAUACUGACAUUAUAAAGGAAAUGAAAAUAUUCUAUGGUGGUGUCCAUUCUACAACUGUGUCUGCAAAGAACACUGGAGAAGCUCUCAUUGGGAGACAUUGGGAUGAUGGCAUGCUGGGUGAAGCCAACAAACAGAUAAUGAAUGAGGUGUCUCUACCACCUUCUGCUGCUGAUGGAAAAGUGGAAUAUAAGAGGUCUCUGAUGAUCGGUUUUCUCUUCAAAUUCUACCUGCAGGUCAGGCAGGAACCAGAUAUGCCUGUCUCCAAUUCCUUCAGUGCUCCAGAGUCUAUUAGUGCAGUCUGUGAUUCUAAGAGUAAAGCACCUCAAACAUUACAAAUUUUCCAGGAAGUAAACUCCAAUCAGCCAGUUAAAGACCCUGUUGGCCGUCCAAUAGAGAACCAGUCUGCCAUAAAGCAAGCCACGGGCGAGGCAGUGUAUGUGGAUGACAUGCCACCUGUGGACCAAGAACUUUUCAUCGCUUUUGUCACUAGCAAAAAGGCUCAUGCCAAGAUUGCGUCACUGGAUUUUUCUGAUGCCCUCAAAGUUCGUGGAGUGGUGGAUAUAAUAAGAGCAAAGGAUGUCCCCGGAAUAAAUGAAGUUUCUGGACAAGGACCUUUAUUUUCAGAGGAGGAGGUACUGUGUGUAGGGCAAAUAAUCUGUGCAAUUGUAGCUGACACUCCAGAACAUGCAAGAAGAGCCGUGGCUAAAGUGAAGAUAACUUACAAUGAUCUGAAGCCCAUUCUCUCUGUCGAGGAUGCUAUUAAGCACAACUCCUUUUUUCAACCAGAUAAACAAAUUCUACAUGGAAAUGUAGAAGAUGCCUUUAAAAAGGCUGACCAUAUCAUUAAGGGGGAGAUUCAUAUUGGUGGUCAGGAACAGUUCUAUAUGGAAACCAAUUCUGUUCUUGUUGUGCCAAAGGGAGAGGAUAAUGAGUUUGACAUAUACAUAUCCUCACAGGAUCCCACAACUGCACAGCUUUCAGUGGCUGCUGUCCUUGAUGUUCCAUCUAACAGGAUUGUAUCCAAAGUGAAGAGAGUUGGGGGAGCAUUUGGAGGAAAGAUUACAAAGCCAGGCAUCUUUGCAUGUGCAGCAGCAGUAGCUGCCCAAAAGACCAAAAGGCCUAUUCGUUGUGUUCUGGAGCGAAAUGAAGACAUGUUGAUGACUGCUGGUCGCCAUCCAUUUAAGGGCAUUUACAAAGUGGGAUGUAUGAGUGACGGUAGAAUAGUGGGAGCCGAAGUGUCUUUUUAUGCCAAUGCUGGAUGCACUCCUGAUGAGUCCAUUUUGGUACUUAUAGUGGCCCUUCUGAAGAUGGAUAAUGCAUAUUACUUCCCUAACCUCCACUGUCGUGCCAAGGCUUGUAAGACCAACCUGCCCUCUAAUACUGCUUUUAGAGGCUUUGGCUUUCCUCAGACUGGACUGGUUACUGAGACCAUAAUGGAUGCUAUAGCUGUAAAAUGUGGCUUACCUCCUGAUCAGGUCCGACAUGUGAACAUGUAUAAAGGGAUUUCUAGGACACAUUAUAAACAAGAGUUUGAUGCCACCAAUCUGAUGCGGUGCUGGGAUGAAUGCAUGGCGAGGUCUUCUUAUGUCAAAAGAAAGAUUGAAGUGCAAAGCAUGAACAAGAAGAAUUACUGGAAGAAGAGAGGAAUGGCUAUUAUACCACUAAAAUUCACAGUUGGAUUUGUUGACAAAAUGUUUCAUCAGGCUUCAGCUUCGGUUCAUAUUUACAGAGAUGGGAAAGUCCUUGUCAGCCAUGGUGGAGUAGAACUGGGACAGGGUCUUAACACAAAGGUCAUGCAGAUUGCGAGCAGAGAGUUGAAGGUACCAUUAUCACAUAUAUACAUCUCUGGGACCAGCACAGAAGUUGUACCAAAUUCACUUCCAACUGCUGGAACAAUUGGAACAGAUGUUUAUGGUCUGGCAGUUAAGUAUGCCUGUGAGACACUUUGGCAGAGAUUGGAACCUAUUGUCAAAAACAAUCCUAAUGGCAAGUGGGAGGACUGGGUUAUGGGAGCUUUUGCUCAAAGACUGAGCCUUUCAGCUACUGGAUUUUACAAAGGAUAUGACACUGAUAUGGACUGGGAAAAAGGAGAGGGUCACAUUGCUCCAUAUUACAUCUACGGAGCAGCUUGUACUGAGAUUGAACUGGACUGCCUAACUGGAGCCCACAAGAAUCUUCGUACAGAUAUAGUUUUGGAUGUAGGAGAAAGCAUAAAUCCAGGAUUGGACAUUGGGCAGAUUGAAGGUGGAUUUAUUCAGGGACUUGGCUUGUACACACUAGAGGAACUCUUUUAUUCACCACAAGGUGACAUGUAUACACUUGGCCCUGACAAAUAUAAAAUACCAACAGUGUGUGAUGUCCCGACUGAGUUUAAUGUCUCGCUCCUCGCAUCGUCUAAAAAUCCCUAUACAAUUUACUCCUCAAAGGGAGUCGGGGAGCCAUCUGUGUUUUUAGGAUGCUCUGUCCUUUUUGCCAUAAAGGAUGCAGUGGAUUCAGUUCGCUCAGAACGUGGCUUGCCUAAGACUUUUACUCUUAAUAGCCCAGCAACUCCUGAGAAAAUCAGAAUGGCGUGUGAAGACCACUUGACUAAAAUGAUCCCGAGAGACAAAGAUGGCACCUUCACCCCCUGGUCAUUCGACAUUACAAAAUGAUUAUGAAACACUGUAAUAAUGAUCCACAAGAGCACUUAACUGCUUUGGCUAUAGUACAGCUGCCAUAAAUUUUAGACCAAAAUGCUUAGCUUAUAACUGCCAAAUGAUUUCGGUGAAUAAUUUGCUAAC